GUUGAUAGCACUGCUAGUUUAUUUUAGACCUCCCAAACACAGCCUACUAUAAAAUCUCUUUAGACAGCCCCCCCAAAGCCACUAUGCUUUGCUCAGCUCUAAAAGCCACUGUUUUUAGCAACGCUUCUCACAGAUCCCCACUCCUCCUUCUCUCACUAAACCCUGAUUCUCUGCAUCUCCCCUGUAAAAUAAAACUCAUUAAAUCGUGAGUGGCAAGCCCAUUAAUUUGUUGCUAAUUAUAGCAACCCAUUAGUUUAAUUACGCCACAUUGUUUCCACAUUUGGCUAAUUAUACCCCAUUUGUAGUUAAUAAAUUGGCUUCUUUCAUGAGAUUUUGGUGGUGGGAUUGAGAUAAGCCAUGAGGAAGGUGAUGGGUUUAAUCAUGGUGUUUGUGUUAUUUGUUGUUGGGUUUGUCAGCAAAUGUGCAGAUGGGUUUGAGUAUUUCAAUCUAACAGACCUCCAGUUUGAGUCUUUUUAUGGAGUCUCUGGUGCCGCCGCCGCUCCCAAUCCUCUCUUGGUGGGUCUCACCCUUGUUCAAGGAGCUGCUUCCAGAGGCGCUGUAUGUUUGGAUGGAACACUGCCUGGUUAUCAUUUGCACCGUGGAUAUGGGUCAGGAGGGAACAGUUGGCUCAUUCAACUAGAGGGUGGAGGAUGGUGUAAUACCAGAAGAAAUUGUAUUUACCGCAAAACUACUCGGCGUGGAUCUUCAAAUUUCAUGGAAAAAGUGUUACCAUUUACAGGAAUACUAAGCAAUAAGGCCGAGGAGAAUCCAGAUUUUUUCAACUGGAAUAGAGUGAAGAUACGCUAUUGUGAUGGUGCCUCGUUUGCAGGGGAUAGCGAGGAUAAGGCUGCACAACUGGAAUUUAGAGGACAACGCAUAUGGUCAGCUGCUAUUGAUGAUUUGAUGUCAAAGGGGAUGCGCAAUGCAAACCAGGCUCUUCUGUCAGGAUGCUCUGCUGGGGGUCUGGCCUCUAUAUUGCACUGCGACGAAUUCCGGUAUUUAUUUCCCAGAACUACUAAAGUGAAGUGCCUGAGUGAUGCUGGAUUAUUCCUUGAUGCGGUCGAUGUAUCUGGUGGGCGCACCCUCAGAAACUUUUUUGGUGGUGUGGUUGGCCUGCAGGGGGUGCAAAAGAACCUGCCAAACGCUUGUACCAACCAUCUUGACCCGACUUCAUGCUUCUUUCCUGAGAACUUAAUUGCCAACGUUAAAACCCCUCUAUUCAUACUCAAUGCUGCCUAUGAUUCAUGGCAGGUCCAGGCCAGUUUAGCUCCCUCGUCAGCUGAUCCUCGAGGCUAUUGGCGUGAUUGCAAAAUGAACCAUGCACGAUGUUCAUCAUCACAGAUCCAGUUUUUGCAAGGAUUCAGGAAUCAUAUGCUGAAUGCGAUAAAAGGAUUCUCUAUGUCCAGACAAAAUGGUUUAUUCAUAAAUUCCUGUUUUGCUCAUUGCCAGACAGAGAGGCAGGAUACAUGGUUUUCGGAUAAUUCUCCUCUUAUUGGAAAUAAGGGGAUUGCAUUAGCUGUUGGAGAUUGGUACUUCAAUCGAGCCGGAAUUAGAGCCAUCGACUGCCCGUACCCCUGUGACAAAACUUGCCACAAUCUGGUUUUCAAGUAAACCGGCCUUUUUUCAUCUCAUUCCCCGAUUCACUCAUUCAUGCUGUCAUUUUAAUUAGUAAUCUCCGUUUCCCAUCUAUAGAAUCCUCAUAAUUUAAAAUCACCAAUAAGAAAAUCAAAUAGCGAUUUGAUGAGCAAGUGUAAAUGGUACAUGUAUACCCAUUUCUCAUUAUUUUCUUUAUCACACCUUUUUGGGCUAGAGAAGUGUUAAUUCUGGCAAUCAGCCUUCUUGCCCAUCGGUGUUUUUUGCUUAUUUAUGCAACCUCUUGUUGUAAUCUCUGCUACUCCAUAUUAUCUCUUUCUUUUUGUUUAGAGCUACAUGAUAAUUCAGCUUUGUUGUAUUAUUAAUGAAGUUAUUUUGCGAUGACGGCUACAUA